CGAGCUUGUUCAUAUCUAUUCUGCCCCUCGCAUCAAAACAAUUAACGCAAUAGAUAAGCAUAAAAGAGCAUCGUGUACAAUUUACACCAACGAGAUUCCUGUUGAAACAUCUCCUGCGUUCAGUUAUUGUCUCCUCGUCGCCAUGUUCAAGCGAUUGGCCUUAUUGGUCACUCUCGUGGCUUGCUCCAAUUUGUCGGCGGGACAAGGUUACAUUUACGAAGACGAUCUACUCUUGGACACGUUCCCAACAGAUUUCCAAUGGGGAGUGGCAACGGCCUCGUAUCAGAUUGAAGGGGGUUGGAAUGAGGAUGGGAAAGGCCCUAGUAUUUGGGACACGUUUACUAAUGGAACCACCAACAUUGACGACCAAUCCACGGGCGAAGUGGCUUGUGACAGCUAUCAUAAGUACAAGGAGGACGUUCAGUUGAUCAAAAACAUGGGUCUAACAAGCUAUCGAUUCUCCAUCGCCUGGACUCGAAUUCUUCCACAAGGCACUGGCACCGCCAAUCCUGAGGGGAUCCAGUAUUAUAAGAAUUUGAUAACUGAAUUGAGGGCUAACGGAAUCGAGCCCUUUGUCACCUUAUACCAUUGGGAUCUGCCUCAAGCGUUAGAGGAUUUGGGAGGAUGGCGAAACCCCGACAUUGCAAGCUGGUUUGAAGAAUAUGCUCGGAUUUGUUUCACAGAGUUUGGGGACGACGUGAAGAACUGGAUUACACUGAACGAACCAUGGGUUGUGUCUGUCCAAGGACAUGGUAUUGGUGACCAUGCCCCUGGUUUGCAAGGGAUUGGAACAACUGUCUACGAGGUGUCUCACAAUCUCAUCCGAGCUCAUGCUAAAGCUUACCGAGCAUAUCAUAAGGACUUUGCUGCUGAACAAGGAGGAUUCGUUGGUAUUACCUUGAAUGUGGAUUGGGCUGAGCCCCAAGAUCCCAAUGAUCCUAGUCACCAAGAGGCUUCAGAAAACAACCUGCAGUUCUCUAUUGGCUGGUUUGCACAUGCUAUUUUUAAAGAUGGAAAAUAUCCCGGCGUUAUGCGACAAAAGAUUGAUGCCAAGAGUCAAGAGCAAGGCUUUGAGAAAUCUCGUUUGCCCGAAUUCACGGCCGAAGAAAGUGCUGAGAUUAAGGGUUCGUUCGAUUUCUUAGGGAUCAACCAUUACACCACUCACAUUGUGUAUCCUGAAAUCGGUAGCAUUGACGAAGUCAGCUAUUUCCUUGAUGACGAUACGACCGAUUACCAAGAUUCAAAUUGGUAUCCAUCUGCUUCCUCUUGGCUUUACGUCACUCCCUUUGGCAUUCGAAAACUCAUGAACUGGUUGAAGAAUGAAUACGGAGAUGUGCCGAUUUACAUCACCGAAAACGGCUACAGCGACCAUCAGGGCAACUUGGAUGACAUUCAUAGGAUCUAUUACUAUAAACAUUAUAUCAACAAUUUGCUGAAGGCCGUCAAACAGGAUAACGUCAAUCUUAAGGGCUAUUUUGCAUGGUCGUUGAUGGAUAAUUUUGAAUGGGCUCGAGGUUACACAGAGAAAUUUGGCGUUCAUUCCGUGGACUUUACUGAUCCCGCUCGACCCCGGACUCCCAAGGCUUCUGCCAAAUAUUUAUCGCAGUUGGCAUCUCGGAAUGGUUUUACUUCAUCAGUUGGUCCCUGUAGCAAUGGUAGAUAGAACCAAAAUUUCCCUAUCUGGGCAUAUUUUACCGAAUGUCUCGACAGCAAAUCACAAAAUAGAUUAAUUAGAAAACCGCACUACCUUUGUGGUAGGUUUCAAUCGAUUGUCCAAUAAUAGUUUACUUGUAUCCUACUUGAAUUAAUUCUUAACAUAAUUGAAAUAAACCUUGCCUUCGCUUUA